AUGGCGAUUCCUCGCGACGAUGACACCUUCGAAGCGGCGCUAUCUCUACUCGACGACUGUGUCUUCGGCGAAGCAGGUGAUGACAGCCUUCCUAGCCUGUACGCUGACUCACCACCCACGCGAGAACGAGCCAAGUCCUCCAAUACAGCAGACAAGCCGCGUCGACAAGCAGAAUACAACGAGAAGAGGAGGCUGCUCCGUAAGGCGGGUGUGUAUGGUGACCCAAAUCGAGCGCGCAAUGCUCGUAAGAAAGAAGCUGCUGACCUCCGCGAGCUAGUGGAGAGGCUUCACCUGGAUCUGAAAGUCUUGCGCAGUCGACAUAUCUCUGUAACACAUCAACAGAGUUCACGUGCGGUGGUCUCCACUCCAGGUAUACCCAACAAGUGGCAGGAGAUUGCACGUAUACAACGUCGUCGCCGCAAUGAGGCAGAACACUACAACAUCCGCUUAAAACACGCGCUGGGUAGUCAGCAGGAGGUGGCGAACAAGUUGUUUGGGCUACUGCGCAAGCGAGCAACUCAACUGGCGAAUGAAUACUCGUCCCUGAUGAACUUGGUUUGUGCCAAGAACUACAUGGUCGAUGUAUUGGACUUCCGCGGUGACACUGGAACAUUUCAGGAGCUGCUGUGUCGGCUGGACGUUGCGUACCGAGCUCUUGACACGGUCUUCACUGCAAAUGGACUCAGUAACCUGACUGCCACUCCUUGUGAUAUUCAUAUUCGCGAAGGUGUCGAAGGCAAAUAUCUCGAGUUCUUCUCCUAUAAAGUUUUGCCUUUCGAUGUUCGCGAAACAACCGACGCUGCAUGGAACCAUUUCAAAGGCGUCGAGAAACACCUAGGCAACGGCAGUAUAUACAAGAAAGCGGAAAAGGAUCUUGACGAGCCAUACACCAUUGUAGCAGACUUCACGAAGGAAGUCUACUCCAACGAUGCUCGAGCUGACAUCAAGGUGAAGCAAAUUGUACGCCGUUUUGUUGAACCCGGCCGCGAUAUCGUGCUUUGGGUCGCUCGUGCAAAGCCAGCUGAGAUCAAGCACAAAAUGCUGCGUGGUUUGACGUACCGCUCGCGAGGGUACGCAGUAACACAGCGAUUCCCAGAUUCGCCACCUGACCGAGACUUAUCAGUGCUCAAGCAGUGUUCUCGGAUUUCGCUCGACCACGAAGUUGAUACGAGAUACAGUCCCGAAGACGUUCGUACGCUCACAACCUUUCUCAUUGCGAACGCGGCGCAAAACAUGCGGGUUCACCGCCAGCUCAUCGAGAACGCGCUGAUCGAACGAGGCCGAACAAACUGGUCGUUGUGA